CUUUUGGACAAAUGAAGAGGUAACAAAUGAGAGACUCAAAGUUGGAUCUCUUUUGAACUGUCAGACUGUCUCCGGUGAGCAGAGUAAGCUGGAUGGAAAACAGUUUAUUGAAACUAUCGGUGUAAAGCCACAGGACGUAACUCAAUUGCUAUUUGACCUUCAAGAUUAUGAAAGUGUUUAUAGAGGACUUGAAUGGGCACAUGGAUAUGUCAACCUCAAGGUUCAUAGAUUUUUUCGAGCCUUUUUAGACAAAAAUGAGUUAAUAGAGAAACUCUACACCAAACUUCAUGAAGCACAUGCCAGAAUUUACUUCAUUGGAAUAAGGGCUUGUACAAUCAAGAACGAAAGAGUUGCUCUGGAAACAAUGGAUGGAGAACUGUUAGAUAUGCCACUGAACUGUAGAGAAAACCUUGUCUUAUCCACAGCACCAGUUCAACUGCAACUUAAGAGGCCAGGGGAAGUUGGUAAUGAUGAUGUAGGUGGUGUGGCUGUUGUAAAAUAUGAAGCUUGCAAAUUUACCUGUGAGGGACUGAUUUUAAGAUAUAAACCCUUAGUCAUAUCAAGGGACGAAGAACCAGUCCAGAUAAAGAAUGGAUGUGGCAAGGUGAUUCCAGUUUCAAGAUGUCAUUGUGUCUUGUUUGAUACAGGCAAUGACGCAGCCACUGGCAUAUCUAGAGAGCUUUUGUUGGAGUUGAACCUGCAACCUUAUCGUAACAAGAAAAGGGAAGUUAAAUUAGCAGGAGGAAGGUUGGGCCAGUUUGAAAUGGUAGAAAUUGAGCUUGUAAUUCGAGGACACCAUUUUAAUGUCUGUGCAUUAAUUGAUGCCCCAGCUGAGGGUACUGAUCUUCUUGUGGGAAUGGACAUAAUCCGGCAGCUCUAUGACUUGGGGUAUACUAUUGGUGAAUAACCUUUGGUACAUUUUAUAAAGUGUUGCUCCAAACUUAAUAGCAUAUUUUGUGCUCUUUGGAAUUGAACUUUCUUUAUUGCAUUCAUCACUUCCUCUGUAACACUGAUAAAAUGUAAGGUAACCAUUUUGAAAUUGGUACUACUACUCUAAUCACCUUGUGUGAGGUUAUUAAAGCAACCCUCAACCAAUCAGAGCAUGCACAUCUCUAUAUUAAGCAUUAGUGCAAUUAUACUUAUGAUAUGUAUGACAAAUACAGUAACUGCCUUUAGAGUUAAUAUGUGGUGAGAAUUUUAGAACAUGUCUUUACCCGAAAUAUACUUGAUUAGCUAAUAUCAUGUAGAGUACAUACUGAAAAGUAGUGAUUUUUAUCAACAGAAGAGUUUAUCUAUUGUACAUUGUCAACCAUCGCAACGAUGUAAAACAUAUAAUUGUACAUUCAUAUUAAUAAUAAAAAUUUUAUCAAUUUC